AUGGCUAAUACAACAAGUCAGCUCGAGACUCUUAUGGCAGCCGUUAAUUCUCUUCUCCAGCUUCAACUCAAUCGCCAGGAAGAAAAACGGGAGGAUCCAGCCCGUCCACACUCACCAUCUCAAAUCGAAAUUUUCAACCAUUUGAGUGCUCGCGUCGAGAAAUAUAGCUAUGGUUCGGGCGACGAAAUAAAGCCAUUCGAGAAGUGGUUACUUCGCUACGAGUACACCAUCGUCACGGAAACGAGUUGUUUACCGGCUGAAAUGCGAACACGCCUAGUUUUAGACAAGCUAGGUCAAACGGAAUUUGACAGAUUGGUGGAUCACGUUGCACCUACGGUUCCGUCUCAAUUAUCUUUGGAAGAUCUCCUUUCCAAGCUCAAGGAACUCUUUCGUGAUAAAGUGCCUCUUACUCGUCGACGUAUUGAAAUAUUAAAUUAUCGGUAUGACAAAGCGGUACCGAUCUCUGAGCACAUCGAUCGUAUCAAUCGCCACGCGGCCGAUUUCGACCGAUCAAAGUUAACGGAUGACAGUCUUCGAACACUGUUAUUGCUACAAUCGUUCUGUUACUCGAGUGACAACGAUCAACUAAAGAAGAUUGCACUUCGAGUCAUUGAGAAGAAUCAAGAUGCUUCACUAAAGGAUGUCGUCGCAGAGCUAGAAGCUUACAUGAAUGUCACGUCAGGCAUGAAGACAUUAGAGAAUCCUUCGAAACCUCCGCAAACUACGGUAUUAAGUAUUACUCAAUCCAAAGACAAUCCAAGAAAACAGAAAAUUUCUAAGGAUAAAAGUUCGCCGAAAACCUCGCCUCAACCGGCAACAAAAAAUAAGUGCAAUGGUUGCGGCGGCAGCCAUCCUCGCGCUAAAUGUACUUUUCGCGACGCGGAAUGUUAUAAAUGUUCGAAGAAGGGCCACAUUGCGAAGAUGUGCCGCUCAAAUACAGAAGAUUCUAAAACACAACUUCAAAUAAAAAACGUUGCUAUACAAGCGCUCUCCGCGGUCGGUAAGCGCAGACGUCAUUAUAUUACGGCAUCUCUAAUCGGUAAAUCGGUAAAUUUACAAUACGAUACCGGCUCUGAUAUCACGAUUAUCGGUAAAAAUGAAUGGCUCCGCAUCGGUUCACCUAAACUUAUCACUAGCGAUAUAGUCGAACACGCAGGCGGGAGUGCAUUAGAGAUUAUCGGUAAAUUUUACAGUACAAUUACAGCACUCGGUCGUAGAGGCAAAAUCUAUGUACACGUCGCUUCUCGAGAUGACAUCAAUCUUUUUGGUCUUAACGCAAUUGAUAAUCUCAACUUCUGGAACGUACCAUUGAGUAAGUUGCAUCCAGGCAGCUCAACGUCAAAUAAACAGCACGCCAAGCUAUCGAAGCUAAUCGUAAGUACCACGGAGAAGGAUGUUACGUCACCACAUGAUGCCUAUCUCGAAGACGCUCUUGCGCGUUUUCCGAGUCUAUUCGCCGAAGAAUUGGGUACAUGUCACAACUUCAAGGUAAAGUUUAAUUUAGCAGAUAAUGCUCAACCAGUCCAGAAUUCGUGUAGACAGAUCGCUUUCGCCAUGGAAACUCUUCUCGAGGAAGAAUUAAAACGUCUCGAAUCUUUGGACAUCAUUGAACGAGUAGAAGCGUCAUCUUGGACAUCACCCAUCGUUAUUGUGAAAAAACGCAACGGGAAGAUUCGUUUAUGCGCAGACUACUCUACAGGAGUCAACCGUGCUUUGGUCGAUAAUAAGCAUCCUUUGCCUAUCAUGGAAAUGAUCGACGAGGAUCAUCGAGAAGUCACAACCAUCACAACGCCGAAGGGACUCUACAGAUUCAAACGCUUGCCUUUUGGUAUUAAGACGGCACCGGCUAUUUUUCAACAAGCUAUGGACGUCACAAUUUCUGGCCUCGAAGGAGUAUACGCAUAUUUGGAUGAUGUUGUCGUAACAGGUUCCACCCCAGAAGAAAUAAAAUAUCUAGGAUUAAUUGUAAACGCACGCGGUAUAUCCCCAGAUCCUGAAACUACGUCCGCUAUAGUUAACAUGCCAAACCCCACAUCUGUAUCAGAAGUACAGAGUUUUCUAGGUAUGAUCAACCAUUACGGCAAAUUCAUUCCUCACCUGCACGAGAUGAAACAGCCCCUAGAAGAACUCACUCGCAAGAACCAUCAUUGGUCAUGGAAUCGAAAACAUGAUUCAGUAAUGAAGAAAAUAAAAGAGGUUAUGCUCAGUCCUCUCUUACUGGAGCAUUACGACCCCUCGAAGACACUCGUAGUGGCAGCGGACGCGUGUGCUACUGGAGUAGGCGGAGUACUAUUGCAACGGGAUGCACAAGGCUAUGAACGCGCUGUCUACCACAUGUCACAAAGCCUCACAGACGCUCAGCGAAAUUACUCGCAACUCGAAAAAGAAGCAUUAGCACUUGUUACCGCCGUCGAACGAUUCCAUAAGUUCAUCUGGGGAAGAAGAUUUAUCCUGCAAACAGACCACAAACCUCUUGUAGCGCUGUUGCAGACAGAGAACACGAAAGGUCUUAAACCUACCACAGCAGCACGUCUCAAGCGCUGGGCAUUGCGACUCUUGGGCUACGAUUUCAAGAUAGAAUAUAUACGUACGCAAGAUUUCGGUCAAGCAGAUGCCUUAUCCCGUCUGAUCGACAAAUUUCGAAGAGACAACGCUGAAGAACUGCAAGAGCUUCGCAACAAAUUGAAGACAGCUUCUAAAGAAGAUCCAUUUCUUCGCUCAGUUUUUAAUGCCAUUAAAGAAGGAUGGAAGACAACAAAAAAUCCAAGUCCUUUAGAUUACUUCAGGAAACGUUCAGAAGAACUCUCCAUAGUUGAUGACACCUUACUCCUGGGCGAUAGGAUUGUCGUUCCAAAAAAGUUGCAGCCAACGAUCCUAGCAGCACUCCACAAGGGCCAUCCCGGCAUUCGAAGAACCAAACAGCUGGCACGUGAAUAUGUUUUCUGGCCCAAAAUGUCAGAAGACAUAGAACGUCUCAUACGUCAGUGCGAACCGUGCGCACUAAAUCAAAAACUACCCGUAAAGGUUCCGUUAGAACCUUGGCCUGUUCCAUCACGCCCUAUGGAACGGGUACACCUCGACUUUGCAGGCCCAAUCGAUGGACAAUAUCUACUGAUCUUCGUAGACGCCUAUUCAAAAUUCUUAGAAGUGGCAAUCACACCCACAAUCUCUGCAAGACGCACCGUCGAUUUGUGUCACGAAAUCUUCGCUAGAAAUGGACCCCCGGAUAUAGUCGUAACAGACCAUGGAACACAGUUCACUUCAGAACUAUUUAAAAGCUUUUGCAAAGAUAUGCAAACGACGCAUAUUCUUACCUCUGUGAAUCAUCCACAGUCAAACGGUCAAGCCGAGAGAAUGGUGGACACUGUAAAAAGAGCUAUUGCUAAAAAUCCCAGCAAUUGGAAACAACAGUUAUUCGAUUUUCUCUACAGUUAUCGCUACACACCAUGCUCAGCGGCUCCUGAAGGAAAAUCUCCAGCAGAACUCUUUUUCGGACGUCGCAUGAACACCCCGUUUACCAAAUGGCUACCGACUCCGAAAUCAAGCAGACCUACUGCGACAACUCCCACUGUAUCCAAACAACAAGCGAUGCAGAAACAAUUCUCGAAACAUCACGGAGCUCGUCCCCGAAGCUUAGCGGUGGGAGACCGUGUAGUUGUCCUAAAAGGGAAGGACAAGCGAGUACAGGGUACCAUCCAUGGUGUCUUGUCAAAAAUCCGUUAUUCAGUACGCUUGGACAACGGUAAAAUAGUAGAUCGACAUAUCAACCACAUCUGGAAAGGUGGUUCCGACUCUCCGAUCCAACCUCAGGAAGCAGGAGACGACUGGACGCUUCUGGAAACGCAGAUCCCACAGCCAGGAUCUCCAACCGAUCCGGCACUCUCCGAACCAUCACUUUCAACCAGCUUGAGUACUGUCGAGUUGUCAUCGAACUCGCCCGGAAUUCAAAGUCCUGCUGAUCAAGAUCCAGGUCCGGCUAUAACCGAAGCAACCCCUGCUAGACCCAUUCGUAACCGAGCCCCUCCAAGACGAUUAAUUUUAGAUCCAGCUGCCAAAAGCUAUAUCGAACGGUAA